GGAGAAUACAUAUAUACAAACCGUUGUGAAGACCAACGUCAUUCUUAGUGCUUGAAAAAUGGCGUCAAAUACUGAUAGGAAGCUUGUUCGUCGUAUGAGACUGUGGAUAAUAUUCAGCGCCUUCGUUGUGUUCUGGCCAAAUUACGUACGAUGCCAAUUCGAGGGGGAUGUACGCCUUGGCGAUGUCGCCCAGAAUGGGCGAGGGCGGGUCGAGAUCUACCACGAUAACCAAUGGGGUACUAUAUGUGAUGACACAUGGGACAACUCCGAUGCACAAGUUGUCUGUCGACAGCUCGGUAUCGGAACCACCAACGCUCGCGGGUAUACAGCUACCAGUCCUGGGUCUGGUCCUAUCCAUCUUGACGGGACCUACUGCGUCGGGACUGAAUAUCGUCUAGAUUCUUGCUCUCAUUCAUCCUGGGGACAACACAAUUGUAUUCACAGCGAGGAUGCGGCUGUAGAAUGUGAAAUCAAUGAAGGGGAUGUCCGCAUUGUUGAUGGGUCCACUCCAAACCAAGGCCGGGUUGAGAUCUACCACAAUUACCUUUGGGGGACAGUCUGUGAUGACAGCUGGGAUGACUCUGACGCGAGGGUAGUUUGUCGACAGCUUGGAUACUCAGGUGAUGUUGGUGAAGCCAGGAGUGGUGGUACAUAUGGACGAGGAUCUGACCCGACAUAUCUUGACGAGGUCGGCUGUUCGGGAUAUGAAAGUAGAUUGGAGUACUGUAGUCACGCCGGAUGGGGCAUUGAAGACUGUUCUCACAGCGAAGAUGCAGGAGUUUACUGCUAUGACAAUAAUGAUAUGUUUGAUGUCCUGAAGAACCUUGAGGAGAAAGAGAAAGAAGUUAUACACCUGAAAGAAACAAUUGUUCAUCAACAGCAUGAUAUCAACCGAAUGGAAUCUGCCAUCAAUGCAAUGGAACAGUACUCUAGACGAUCAAAUAUCCGGAUAUUUGGUCUGCAAGAAAAGAAAGGGGAAAACACAGAUGCCCUUGUAGCUGACGUCAUCACUCGCAAGCUUGGUGUAACCUUGGAUCCAGUGAGAGACCUAGAUCGCACUCACCGUACAGGAAGGCUGCAUGAUAACAGUGAGCCAUCAGCACCAGGUACAUCGUUGACUGAUGCUUCAUCAGCUAGGAAGGCCCGAUCACGUCCCAUAAUUGUCAAGUUGACAACCUACAGGAAGAGGAGAGAGGUCAUCUACAAUAGAAAGAAAUUGAAAGGAACAGGGAUAGUAAUUGUCGAAGACUUGACAGUUGAGAACCAGAAACUUCUGUCUGCAACACGUAAGACUUCAGGUGUCACAGCUGCAUGGUCUUCCGACGGUCGAAUCAUUGCUCUUAUCAACGCAACCGGAGUUGUAAACAUAUACAUUGAAAAACUAUUCACCUUCGUUAAUUUUUUAUUCUUUUAUAAUUCCAUUGAAGACCCCGAUGAAGGAAAUGUCCGACUUGCUGGUGGGUCUACUCCAAACCAAGGCCGGGUUGAGAUCUACCACAAUUCCCUGUGGGGGACAGUCUGUGAUGACAGUUGGGAUGACUCUGACGCGAGGGUAGUUUGUCGACAGCUUGGAUACUCAGGUGAUGUAGGUGAAGCCAGGAGUGGUGGUACAUAUGGACGAGGAUCUGACCCGACAUAUCUUGACGAGGUCGGCUGUUCGGGAUAUGAAAGUAGAUUGGAGUACUGUAGUCACGCCGGAUGGGGCAUUGAAGACUGUUCUCACAGCGAAGAUGCAGGAGUUUACUGCAAUGACAAUGACAAUGAUUUGGAAGGAGACGUCCGCCUGGUUGAUGGGUACAGUUUAGAUGAAGGCAGGGUUGAGAUCUUCCAUGAAGGUCAAUGGGGAACAGUAUGUGAUGACAGUUGGAGUGACUCUGACGCGAGGGUAGUUUGUCGACAGCUUGGAUACUCAGGUGAUGUUGGUGUAGCUCAGAGUGGUGGUACAUACGGAAGAGGAUCUGACCCGAUAUUCCUUGAUGAAGUCACCUGUACGGGAUAUGAAACACGGUUGAAGUACUGUAGUCAUCAAGGAUGGGGCAAUGAAGACUGUGAUCAUUCUGAAGAUGCCGGAGUGCAAUGUCGUUCACCCGCUCCCUCUUCACGUGUCGUGGGCAUCAUGUCUUUUGUUGGUGUGUCUUUGUCCUUGCUGACACUGUUUGCUCUCGUAGUUGUAUGUUAUACCUGUAGUCAGCGUAAGCCGGUCGUCAUACCUACGUCAUCGGUUCAGGUCCCUCUCAGUACCAUUAGUUCUCAUCCUGCCGCUAAUAACACCCCUGCGGCUCCCACUUCAAAUGGCAUGAUAUCCGUGCCCACUGAGCCACCGAUGCCGCAACAACCACCGAAUCCCUAUCCUCCAGCAACUGAAACCGACUCCCUACCGCAACAACCACCGAAUCCCUAUCCUCCAGCAUCUCAAACCGACUCCUUACCAGGUCCUCCCUCAUAUUACGCCUUACAGGGUGGACAAUCCGAUCCUCUGCCACCACCGAAUUAACACAGCAUAAUUAUGUUAGACCUUAAAAGGAAUAAGAUGGAGCGUAUAGAAUCACCCCAGACGUGCGCCGCGAUAUGUUCGAGGAUUAUUCUUUUUCCCGCCGCGAGCUUUCAUGAAUCAUGGCGUAGAAUCUUAAGAGGCAAUCCAACCUUCGUAUUGACAUCUUUUGUAUAAAAGCAGAAAAUAGGAUAAAGAAAUUGACAAACGUUUGCAAAAAAUGGGAACAAUGAUAAGGAAGUUCGGAGUUUUUUAAUAUGACAUCACUAAGUCUAUAUAAAUUUCAAAUUGGCAGUUUGGUCAGUGCACGUCGUCGCGGAUAACUCUCUCGUUUGCCGCGUACAAAAAUAUCAUUAAUUUCAGUUUUUCUCCCAAGUGCCUUCUUACUUUGGGCACUACAGAAAAUAGUAUGAUAGAAUAUUAUUAUAAGUCCUCCAUAGAGAAAGAAAAAAAAACACACUUUUGAUUCAUGCAUUUUUGAAACAUUGAAAUUUUAAACACUGAUAUUUAUGUUGGAACAGAUUGGAAAGUUGCCCGCGCCACUACGUCACAGAGAGCACCACAAUUAUCCGGCCUUUCUUAUGUUUAGGUAUCCCUCAAAGAGGUAUAAAAUGAGCAAUAACGCAGAUACUUGAAACGAUUCUUGUUAAUAAGCCUAAAGUCUAUUAGUUGAGUAAUUUUUCAAAGAGUGGCUUCAAUCUAUAUAUCUUUUGGAGGAACGGGGGGGGGGGAUUAUCCACAAACAAUCUAUUCCUGGAGUAUCCCUACCGCACUGAUGCAAUUGAUCUGAAAAUGUUAUCAUAUAACGAAGUAUACAAUUCAAAUUAACUUUACAUUGGCAGUCAAAUGACGAGUCUGCGUUCGUCAUUUCCUUUGCCUUGGAACUAUUUUCAUCUGCUAAAGCAUAAAAUGUCAUUCUUAAUCUGUAAAAAAAAAAAAUAUUACUAACAAUCAAAGGAAAAAACAAAACGAAGCGAAAACAAAAAUGUUGAUACAUGGGCAACGAUAUAAAAUAACUGAAAUAUGAACUCUCUCUUUUUUUUAAUACACUUGCAACAAAAAGGGUUAGUUUCUUAGACGUUUUAAGCUAUAAUAAGUGGAAUAAUGGGAAUUCAAAGAUGAAUCUUGAACAUAUUACUGUCGUAAUGAAGUAAUUUGUGUCAGCUCUUCAAUAUUGAAUAAUGUUAUUGGCCUGAAAUGCUACACUAUCUCUUUUCAUAUGAACGUAAUUCGUAGGAUAUACUGCUGCUUUGGCUUGGUUCAUCAUGAUCAUGUUACUAUAGAAUAGAUGGACAGACUCAUGUUUAAGUAUGAGAGGUGAUGGUAUACGUUACAUAAUAAGUUUAAUGUGUAAUUCAAUCAAGAAAUCGAUACUUUUAUUGUAUUCAGUGAUGUAUAAUAAGUCUAGAAAAUCUACAAUAUGACGUACGACGAUAGCGUGUGCGUGAUGUGUUUGUGUGUGUGUGUGUUACGAAUCUCACCGACCAUGAUUGUCUUAAGAUGUAUAUAACAAUAUGUGUGGUUCUAAUACAUGCCUCAUUUGAACAGAGUGAUUAAUAAAAAUAUAAAUUGUCAUCUUUUUUUUACUAUCAUAAGAAUUAUUAUACUAAUCAUAAUUUCAUAUAGCAGCUGAUGAUUCAUAACGUUAAAUUUACAUAAAGUUUCAUGAAUUUAUUUACUCAAAGAAUAAACCAUCUCAGUGUUCUAGUUUUGCUACCACUAAUUAAAAAUGCACCCCCCCCGCGCUUUAUUCAAUUAUUCUUAAUUAAAGAUGUAUUUAUAGACCACAAAGAUGUUUAAGGAACAUACAAACAAUAAAAAGUCGUAUGCUUAAUCGAACCAAUGGAUAAAUCAGGAAAACAAAUAUGUAUAUACUUUUCUUUUAUAUUUCGAAGGUGGAUUAUAAGUGGAAAAACAUUGGUUAUGAUACCUCGAUGAUUGAUUUUCUCAUAUGGAAAAAAAAGGUAUGGAGAGUAUUUGCGAUAUUCUGCAGAAUCUGCAUUUGAACCUAAAUAUGAAAUUGGAGACGGAGGUACAUAAUAAAUAACUGACACUGUUCAACAUUUGUAUCUUGUCUGCUACUAUCCACGCCACUCCAAAAUAAAUAUAACAUAUUAUCUGGCUAGAAGAAUUUGUACAAUUCAAUGGAACGAGGAAGUGAGAGAUGAAAGAAAAUCUAAAGAAUUGGAAUCCAUGCUUAUGCUUCGGAAAUAUCCGGAAAAUCGCAUUAAAGUAGAUAUACAAAAGAGGACGUAAAAUAGAGGACAAAAAUAAAGGCAAAAAAAAAAAAAAGAAAAUCGAAAAGAAGAUAUGCUGUUUGUAAUUACUAUCUUCAUACGAUCCCAAUAAUGUAAAUAUUUCAAAUACUAUCGAUCAACAGUGUAAAAUCUUGUUUAACAGUAAUGAGAAGUAAGAACAAAAAAUUCGAAUGAUGCGAUUACUGUAUGCAUUUUUAACAAUAAGUUCGAAUUAAAAGAUAACUUUUUAUGCUCAUCCAGAAAUUAAAUUGUAAUAGUAGAAUCUAGAGUUUGAUGUGAUGCCUUUUUAUAAUGUGGGAAAAUAAAAUAAAACGAAACAUAAGAUAUA